CCUGAAACAUGACAAAAUAGCACAACCCGGCGUAAAAUAGGCCACAACACACGACUAUGCCCCUCAAACGGAUAAGAACUAGGGGUGCAAACAUGUGCAAUUACAUCGUUAUCAACCAUCAAUACAAGAGAAGCAAACGGACUUCUGCUGGGUUGGAUAGUGAGCAGCCAUCAUUUCUUCCAUCAAUUUAUCCAUUUCCUUCUUUUGUGGUAAUGAGUAUCUGUAGGGCCUGAGAUUGACAGACUUAGAAUCUGGCAACAAAGGUAUCUGGUGAUCACAAUGACGAACAUGGGGUAAGUAGUAGGCUUCCCAAACACAUCUGCAUAUUGUUGGAAGGCUGGUGCCAAAAAAGAAGGUACUACAUUCUUCUCAGUAGACUCUACUUUUAGAGAAAAUAAUUGUCCUGCUCACAUUGUCAUCUUUUGCCUCAAGAACUUUUGAACUCCCUUACCUGUCAUAGACUUACAAUUGGCCACCUCUGAUACUCCAUGCAAUGCCACCUCCGUACCAAUAAAAUCAAUGAACAAUUGAAGAUUAACAAAAUCGAAUUUGACAGGACUGAUAGUCUUUAGCCAGUUGAUAGACCGUUAGUUACACAUGUUUUCACCCCUGUUCUUACACCGUUUGAGAGGUGGUUUCUCGUGUUUUAGACCGAUUUCACGCUAGGUUGUGCUUGUUUGUGAUAUUUCAGGUCCUGGCAAGUGAAUGAAGGUUUAGGAGCGAGUUCGGGGUCGAUUGGGCGAAGAUCGGGCGCGAGACAAGUCACAAAGGAGGUCACACGGGCUGCCCUGAUGAUCACAUGGCCGUGUGAAGGAGUAGUCUGGCCGUGCGAGUUUCGCCGAGAGCAAACACGGGCAGAGCAGGACAUCCACACGGCCGUGCAAGAGGCCAGUCUGGCCGUGUGGAAUUCUGCGUGAGCAAACACGGGCAAAAAGGAAGUUCACACGGCCGUGCCACUCUGGCCGUGCAAAGAGCCUGGAAUUCGAACUAAUUGGAACGCAGCGUUUUGACUCACACGGGCAAAUGGGUAAGCCACACGGCCGUGCCACCCUGACCGUGUGAGUCGGGAUUUUCUGCUUAAAACCCGAUUUUCAGCUAAAGGAGAAGAGGAGAGCUGGGUUUUGGAUCCCAAACACCCAAGGGACGAACCAAAGAGAGAGAGGGCGAUUUGAGGGCAUUCUUGGAGUGGAGUUGGAGGAUUUCUUCGCCUUGGAAGCUCGAGGAACAAGCCCGGACUUGAAGACUGAUCAUCUGAAGAUUCUUACUGCAGUCUCUCUCUUCUCUAUGGAGUAACUUCCCUUCACUUAGGUUUUGAGGAACCCUAGCUAUGUUUGUUUGAUUGGAUGAUUGUAUGAGUACUCUAACUGGAUAAUCUUGAGUUCAUAUUCAAUCUAUGCAUGUUUUCAUGAUUCAAUUCUGCUUUAGUCGAGAUUAUUGAUUCUGAUUUGAUUCUAUGAGAGGGAAUACCUGAUUAGGUCAAUAGAGCACCAUAGAUUGAUAGUAGUGGAUCGAUUGCUUUAGUCGAGGGUUGAUUCACUGCUUUGUAUCGAUUGAGAACCCCUUUCGAUAGAGGGAGUCUAGUUCAGAACGCCUUGAUCAGUUGUUCUAGAGAAGGAUACGUCCCUCUAGGCAAUUGACUCAAGAGGGCCUUGUUCCUUUAGUCGAGACUCAAGGUCUAGUCAAGGAUUCUCCGCAUUGUGAAUGAAAGUGAAACAAGUUAGAGAUCAUCAAUCGUUAAUCUGGCUAGUGGCUAGGGGGAAUCAUACCUAAGUGAGUUCCCAACCUGUAAUUAGAUUAACUUUAACUGUAGUUUGCUAGAGUAGUUUUAGUUCUUUCAUCUUAAUCUGAUUUGCUAAAUAAUAAACUGAAGCUGAGUAAUAGUAACUCUAGAGACCCGUGGAUUCGAUAUUUAUCACUUGAGCCACUAUACUGCAGUCCCUUUCAUUGGUUACACUUGGCCUUUGUUAGGUGUUGUGUUUUAGAGCAUCAAGUUUUUGGCGCCGUUGCCGGGGACUUUCUAGAGUAUUAGGAAAGGCAGAAGUUUGUUACUUUAGCGUUUUUCGUUUCUUUUCUUUUCCACCCUUGCUUUUCACUUGGGUGUUUUUGUUUUUGUUGGUGCAGAUCUGAAUCAUGGAUCCUAAUGGCUUCUCCAAUCAUUGGGGGUAUCCACCACCAUCUGGGUGGUAUUACCCCGAGACUCCGUGGAGCAAUCAAGGCGGAGAAGACUAUGGAUUCGGGUUCCAGUACCAACCCCCUUACUACGGAGAACAACCGGACCCCUGGGCAUAUCAAGAACAACCUCAUUACCAAGAAGAAUUUCUCCCACAACCAGAAGGGCCAUUGGAGCUGGAGUUACCCAUGGCGGCCUUCACGGGCCAUUCUGCAGAGCCAUGCUAUACUCCACAGCCAGAUCCACACUAUGAAUUGAGACUUCUCAUGGAGCAGUUUGCUCGAGACUGUGAUAGAACAUGCUCCAGGAUGGAUCAUUGUGUCCAGGCCUAUCGUGAAACAGAGGAGAUCCUCCUGAGCCUUAAGAAGAGCGUCGAUGAUCUUGAGCGAUCUUGGGCACAGCCUGCUCCAGAUCACCCUUCUGCUACCAUACAAGAAGAGGAGGAGGAAGAAGAAGGCUACAAGGACAUUGUGGAGCACACUGAAGUUGUCACGGAGAGCUCCCGUGAUGAUCAUGAUCAGGAGUGUCCUGUCGUAGCUGACCACACCUUCCCACACCCCAAACUGCGCUUUGAAGAGGCGGGCAUGAGUUCGGAGAUGCAAGAAGAUCUCAUGAAAGAAAUUGCUUGGCAACUUGCUCUCCAAUCCGUGCUAGAAGAAGAAGAGCAAGAAAGGGUGCAGAAAGAAGUUGUGGAGGAUGGCGAAAGUGAAGCUGGAGAAGUUCUUGAUCAUUUCCCAGGGGUGAUACCACAUGAAGAAGGAAGGGAGGUUGAAGAAGCAAUUGGCGUCCAGGCUGAGGACGGAGUUAAGGUGGAAGAGGCCUGCACCAGCCAUGAGUUACAUGUGAUAUCUCCACCAAACUUCGAGGAACUGCUUAGCAAGGACCCAUUUGCAGUGUCUCUUUGCCAGACCAAGGCCACCUCGACAUCGGUCCCUCUUGGUGGACGCGAUGGUGGCCAAUCGAUGCUGUCAUAUCUGGUUUGGGGCAAUGAGACGAGAGAAGAGAAGAAGAGGUCUCGAGGGUGGAGACUUCAUCUGCAUCAAGUACAUGAGCCUUCAUCACCUGCCACACCACAUGCUCAUGACUUGAGACUCCACCUCAUCGACGAGAACCUCAACUUCAAGGAGGUUCUAGCAUGGACCGAAACUUAGGAGCCAUCGUCCGGCUCACGACGUGAAAGAAGCGCUUGUGGGGAGGCAACCCCACCAUGGUUUGAUUUUCUUUCUUGUGUUUUGAGUCGGAUUGUAACCCGGUUUGGGUUUGGUUUGUUUUCUUUUGGUUUGGAUGAUAUUUUAUUGGGCUGACCAUUGAACCUAACAUACUGUGUUUGAGCUCUUCUGUUCCCCUUUGGCUGUGCUUGCCCCGACUGGCCCGUUUCCAGUCCCCUGCAGUCCGUGCAUACCGGUAACAUCUUUCCCUAUCCCUUCCCUCUUCUCCAUUGAGGGCAAUGUCGAUCUUAAGUGUGGGGGGGGGGGGUGUUUAUCUUUUGACUGCAUUAGAUCUAUUUGUGUGCUUGGAGCCUAGUCCACUGUCCAAAUUUUUAAAUUUGAGGGCUCCAAGUACGUGUUUCCUUGCAAUUGCCUGCUCAGUAUGCUUUGAAUUGACAGUCUUUACAGUAAUAUGCAACCUAGGGAGGUAGUGUAGCACUAUGGAGGAUGUUGAUGCAUUUAAGAAGUCUCAUUUCUUCUUCAUAUUGAGUUGGUUGAUUGAGUGAAUUAGUGAUCUUAGGACCCUUGAAUUGUGUGGUAUUGUGGAUUCUCUACCUGUCAUGGACUCUUGUAUCAUGUUUUGAGUUUAACAGGUGCUCGAAAAUGUGCUUCAAAAUAAACGUCUCCCGUGCGAAUAGGGCGAAAGUGUGUAAGGGGAGACGGGAAUUUGUUCCCAAUUUCCACCUACUACCUCCAGCCCCCUUACAUGUCUUUCCCCCGCACGAGGCUCGAGACAUCCGCUCCUGGCAUGGCCGGUAAGAGCAGGUUGGGACCCUUGAAAAGAAAAGAAAAGAAAAAUAACAGAAAACA